AGACGGCUCCACAGAGACCCUGGCCAUGGUGGUGGUAGAGCCUGGCGAGAUGCUGUCCUCCCCGGAGUUUGAUGGCGCCCCCUUCAGCUCCCAGUCGGACGAGACCUCUCUGAGCACCACCGCCUCUUCCAUCACGCCCACCUGCGAGCGGUUGCCCCUGGGCCCGGUGGAUGGCCGCUCCUGCUCCAUGGACUCCGCCUACGGCACCCUGUCCCCCACCUCCCUCCAGGACUUCGUGGCUCCAGCCCCUGUGGCGGAGCCAGUGUCCCGGCCCCCAGAGUCAUCACAGACCUCUUCACCUCGCCUCCGCCGCCGUACCCCUGUCCAGCUUCUGCCUCCCCUGCCUCACCUGCUCAAGUCCAAAUCCGAGGCCAGCCUCCUCCAGCUGCUGCCAGGGGCUGCCCUCUGCGGAGCGCCCUCAGCCCCCAGCCGCAGCUUGUCGGAACUCUGCCUGGCCUCCACAGCCCCUCGGACUAGGACUCAGGGUUCUCAGGAGCCUGGGCCUAGCUGGGAUUGGCCCCGGGCCCCUUGUCUUGCCCACGGCCCUCAGCUGUCCAAGUGCCAGGGCAGAGCGAGCUGCCUGUCCGAGGAACCUACAGGUACUGCUCGGAGGAGAGGCAGAGAGCUAUCUUCUGGGGCUUCUCCCAGGGCCCAGCCUGAGACCCCCCCAGGGAUCUCUGCCCAGCACAGGAAGCUGACCCUGGCCCAGCUCUACCGAAUCAGGACCACCCUGCUGCUUAACUCCACUCUCACUGCCUCGGAGGUUUGAGCAGAGGAGACCCCGAGGGUGCUGUUGGCCAAGGGACAGCAGACAGCAUGGCCCCUGGGAGGCAUGGCAGCUGCUGUGUCCCCUCUGCAUGAGCCGAGUGUUGGGCACCACGCCUGCCUCACCGCUGGGCCCACCCGCACUUUGCAGACUCGAUGGAGUGGAGCAGGGCUCCAUGCACCCCUUCACCUGCCCAGGCAGCGUCUUGUGCCCCGCUCUUGAAGCUGCCAGCUCUAAUCCUUGGGGCUGGGUACCAGGCUGCCCUUCCCACUGCCGUGGUCACUUGGCCUCCCAGAGGAGUCCUCGUCUCCAGGCUUCUCUCCCCCUCCCAGUCUGGGGCUGGGUUCUGUGAAAAGCUGUGUAUUUAUUGAGCUUCGAUUCUUUUAUAAAGAUGGC